GCUCAAUUCGGCAUGGCGAAUUUGACGUUUCACGUUGACUCUCAAAUGAUAGUGGAUUGGAUCACGGGUUGUCGAAUACGUGCAGCUGUCAUCUGGAUUGGUACUAGGUUGGGACUAGAGCUCAGGCAAUGUACCGGAUAAAAUUUUUGUAACAUUUAUUUUUGAUAGAGUAUUUUUUAAGUUUUGAGUAUUUUAAAAGAACGGACUUCUAUCUUUGAAAUAAAUAACAUAUGACAUUUUUAUCACCUCGUAUCUCCAUUUUCACUGUUACUUGAAGUAAAAUGUUUUUUUGCUAAUAGACGGUCGUCGUCGUGCCAGCUACACCAAAAAAUAUUAAAAAAAAUAUUGCUUAAAAAUAUGUUAGUUGAUUAAUCUCUUUGACUCAAAACUUCGCGAUACGUCCGAGCCUUUCUAACAAAAAGAUAAAAUAUUCACAAAUAACACCUAUUUGUAGAAAUCCUAAGCACGGCAAACGAUUAAAUUCCCUUUUUUGGGUCAAACUUGUAAUACUGGCAAUACUUUUGGUACACACUUUUGGUCUGCAUUUUGCUAACGUGUCACGACUCUAGUAUUGAUUCUACUUUGAUUUUACUCUUGUGUCAAAGUGACAGAAUGAGAUUGCAAUUCGAAUCAUCAUAUCAUUACAAAGAUAUGAAUUGCGUAAUUUUACACGAAUUUAAUCUCUCAUGGCCUGACAAUACGAACCAAGGCAUGCGUUCUCCUGAAUGGCACAGUAUAUAGACUUUUUUGUCGAUGGGUAUGGCCGCCAUGUUUGGUUUAUGACACUUAGACGGGGAUUUUGUCGUACCAAAGAGUAAAUUGCAAGUUUUUUUCGGCACAACUUGGUUCCUCUACUCGUCGCAAGAUGGCGUUGGCAUUAUUAAAAUAAACAAGAAUGACGUGCAUUUGCGUCGGUGUAGACCCAUCAUGAAAACGUAGAUAUGAUAAUUUUAUAUUUAAAAAAAAGCUAACGUGACAUAAAUUUGACAAAUGUCUAAAAGAAAUAUAGUAUCUUCUGUGUAAUAUCUUCUUCCGUGCACGUGUGAUUUAUUGUUUAGUCAAUUUAAAUAUCACUCUAAGUAAGAACUGUUAGACAAAACACUCGUAGCAUAAUUGUAUAUUUCAAUAUAUCACAGCCAUACAUUUUUAUAUUCUUUCAGGUGAUUCAGCUUACCCACAGAGGCAAACACUACUGAUGGAUGCACUGACUUUUGGAUGCACCUGUAGGAUCUCCAGAAGCUCGUUAUACCGCUUUACAAGUUCGAGCCCGCAACUGUAUAGAGCGGUGUUUUGGGCGACUAAAAAUCAGUUGGUAGUGUUUGUCGUCAAUGGAGAAACUGCACUACAAGCCAGCAGCGGCAGCUAAGAUCGUUAAAACGUGUUGUGUGCUUGACAAUAUAGCUAACAAAGCGAAUUGUGAACUGCCUCCGCUGAACCGACACGAAGAACAGGAGCAGCAGCAGGAGCAGAGAUUAGCGGCGGAGUUUGACGCCCGUCAGCAGAAUGCUGAUAUUUAUUUGGCAAUGGCUCCUGACAGGUGUUGGCUAAACAAAGAGCUGCAGCUGGGUCGCGCUGCUCGUCAAGCGCUUGUCCGGCAGUUAGCAAAUUAUGAAUGCGGAGCACCUUGCUACUACUAAAAUGGAGAACCCGGACCUGUUAGCGACAUGGAACUGACCAGGACCGUCGUGGGCUCCUCAUGUGCCACCCCCGGAUACCUUUUCUGAUUGUGGUGUUUACAGUACAGUAGUGUACAUAUUCAUGAAAAAAAAAAUUGUAGGUACUUUUUUUACAUUUUUAAAAAACGCACUCUGCAUGGUUUUGGAGUUUCGACUUCGUGCUAGAUAAAAACCCCCAGGCAAGAGCAAACAAUUUUUUUUCCUAGCCUAUAUUUGUGACCCACUGCAAAGGCCUCUCUUUUCUUCCGCCACCCAUCACGUUUUGCCGCCUGCUUCGGCUAGCCGCAGCAAAAUACGUCGAGGUCAUCUCGCCUCGUUUUUUUUGGUCUACCUCUGCCCCGACUAGUCGGGUGGUGUCCAGUUAGCAAACUAUACACCCUGUUUCUAUUUUAAAUUAUAUGUGUUGUAUUCUUUUCUUGUACAAUAAAGUGUUUACUUACUUACUUUUUUGAAUUCCGUUAACUUUAAGGGAAGGUUCUUUAGAUUAAAUACGAUUAAUUUCUCAAAAAAGCUAGCGUCUUGACUGUUACGUUUACCGAGUUUGAAAAAAUAAUAGUUAUUUGUUUUACAAGGGGGCAAAGUAGUUGUUUAACUGGACGUGCCAAUAUUGAUACCUGAGCAAGGGAAAGAUUUCAAUAUUGAACCGCGAGCGUAGCGAGUGG